AUGACUUCUCCCGUGACUACCUCUCCUGCAGGCUCAGGACCGAAGGUCGAUUUGUCCAAGAAGCUGUCCGAGCUCCGAGUGAGUCGCAAGUCUCAAUCUGGUCUCUCGUCACGAGAGCCUGCUCCUGUGACCCCUCGUCUUCCUAACCCGCCAAACCUAUCAUCCCAUCAAUACAUGCGACCUGUUCGGCGCAUUCUCUCGCGCAAAGACCACGAGACGUUUCUCGCAUCGCCGACCUAUACGCUGAUCGUUGGUUUCAUCUUUGGUCUUUCUGAUUCCGUGCGAGGGCAUGCGGUCACAGACUGCAAGGAUCAGCCUGCCUCUGCCAAUGUCUCGAAAAUUCUUUCCGUGGUAGAUCGGAUUCGAGAGCUUCUUGACAAACAUCCGUCGAUUGACCAGGGCGGUUCAAGGUUCGGCAAUCCUGCUUUUCGGGAUCUGUUUGACGAUGUGGCUGCGCAGAGCACAUCAUGGCAUAAAGACAUUCUUGGGUUACAAAAUGAAGAUGCGAUAGCUGAGAUAUCUUCAUAUCUGAUUCACUCCCUGGGAUCAAGAGACCGUUUAGACUAUGGCUCAGGACAUGAGCUGAAUUUCAUGAUGUGGCUAUUGUGUCUUCGCCAGAUGCAGAUGUUAUCGACUGCAGAUUUUCGCAUGAUUGUCUUCAGGGUCUAUCUGAGCUAUAUGCAUCUCAUGCGCGAUGUUCAAGCUACUUAUUAUCUAGAACCCGCUGGCUCCCACGGCGUGUGGGGCCUGGACGAUUACCAUUUUCUGCCGUUCCUGUUUGGAGCAGCUCAGCUGGUGGACCACCCAUAUAUCACACCGCUGGGCAUCCACAACACGGCGAUAUUGGAUGAAGAAGGGGACAGAUAUAUCUACCUCGAUCAAGUGCGGUGGGUGGACAGUGUGAAGACAGUCAAGGGCCUCCGGUGGCACAGUCCCAUGCUGGAUGACAUCUCCGGCGCCAAGAACUGGCUGAAGAUCGAAGGAGGAAUGAAGAAGAUGUUCAUCAAAGAGGUUCUGGGCAAACUGCCCAUCAUGCAGCAUUUUCUCUUUGGCAGCUUGCUCCUGGCGGAUCCCAGUAUGGGAGAGCGCACGGGUGACACCGAGGCGGAGGAGCUUCACGACCAUGGGGAUGGAAAUCCCCAUGCUCGACACACGGAUUAUUUUGGAGACUGCUGCGGCAUCAAAGUGCCGAGUACUGUGGCUGCGGGAGCUGAGAUGCGGAAACGAAUCGGGGGAUCAGGUCUGCGACCCAUCCCAUUCGAUUAG